AAUUAUUGCAUAGAUAAAAUAAUAAGCUAAUCCAGUCCUCCCCGCACCCCUAGCAAAUUAAAAAUGCUACCAUUGUGGAUGCCUGCUCUCUCUUCCCCCGACUCUUUUCCCCAGCCGCAUCCCAUUGUCUCUGCAAGUCGCCCACACACACACACACACAGCACUGAUCUAGGCCACCAAAAAAUCUCCACCAGCCAAGCUGCCGCUUGCUGCUGCUGCUCCAAAGUCUCUCUUCUCGUCAUCUCCAUUUCUCGACUGAUCACGGCAAACCAGCAGCGGGGACCGGGGAGGCAGCCAAGGCGGAGCUUGGCUAUCAUAUCUGGCGGCCGCUCCGCUGCGGCGACGCCGGCGAGCGACUCCAACGGCGGCUCCACCGCGGCGAGCGACUUCAACGGCGCUAGCUUCGUCCAUCGCUUCAUCGACUCGACCACUUGACGUCCAUUCCCAAAAUGAUAGGAGGAGAGGUGAUUCAAGCAGUGACCUUCGCCAAUUCUGUGCUUAGCAAGGUGGCUGAUGUGAUCACGAGAGAUAAGUCCAUGAAAGGUGCAGUCAAAAGAGGCCUCAACGACAUCAAGCUGGAUAUGAAAAUGGUGAUCAGCGAAAUCAAGUUGAAUGAGGAGAACAACCAAGGGGCGACACAUGAGAGCAAGAUUGUGAUACUGAAGGAGUUGGCUAAUGAUAUUGAGGACUUCAUAGAUCUUACGUGGGUUCCGGGUGCAUCUGGCAUUCUCUUCUCGGCAUUUGGCCCGGACCACCGACCUCAAAUAGUGCAAACAAUCGACCAUUUCAAGGACAGUAUCCAGAAAGUACGGACCUGGCAACCUGAUGCCGGAUCCAGCAAGGGCGAAGACAGUGCUGCAACAUGGUCCUGCCCUUCAGCCACACCUCCUAAUCCUUAUAGCCGAGAUCUAGAUCAUGAGGCUACCUUCAGGAGCAUCUGCAAACACAGAUGUGAGCUGCAAGGGUUGCUGUCAGCAUCCGAAGGGCAAGAGCUGAAGGUGAUCUCCAUUGUCGGUUGCCGUGGCGUGGGGAAGACAAGUCUAGCAACAGCGGUCUAUGACGACUGUCGUGCCGAAUACGAUUGCGUUGCUUGGGUGGUGGCAUCCGAGUGCCGCGAUCUGGAGGACCUUCUAACCAAGCUUCUCAAGGAGGCACAAAGGACGGCUAAGCCUACAUCUACAGCUGCACAAGGGAGCAUCUCCGAUACUGAGCAAACAAGCCUUCGAAAUUUCCUGAGUGACAAAAGGUACUUUGUUGUUAUUGACGAUGUGGACCGUCUAGAAGUGUGGCAGGCUAUAAAACGUGAAUUCCCUAAAGAAGGCCACGGCAGCAGAAUAAUUGUGACCACAAGCAUGCACUCUGUUGCGGCUGAAUGCAGCUGGGGCAGUCAUGUGUAUACAAUGCAAUGUUUGGACAAAGAUGAGUCAGAAAAAGUAUUCUGGGAAUCGGUUGGUCAAGAGAAUAAGACACCUGCCCUAGAGCGGGCUUCAGAAGGCAUCAUCACGAAAUGUGGAGGCUUACCUCUGGCGCUUAUCAGCGUAGCCAAUUAUUUGCGUCGACGAGGACGAACCGAGAAUCAAGUGGCAGGAGGACUCACAACAGAGCACUGCAAAAGUGUUGCCUGCACGCUCGGAGACAAGAUACUAAAAGGACAGGAUGCCGAGUUCUUGAAGAUCAAUAGAGCGCUUCUCCAGUGCUACAACAACCUUCCAGACUAUGCACACCAGAGCUGCUUGCUUUAUGCCAGCGUGUUCCCCAGAGGCCGCCCAAUUAGAAGCAAGGUUCUGCUUAGAAGAUGGAUGAGUGAAGAGUUGGCUGCACAUGGCACUGUCAGUGAUGAAGAAGGUGUCAGAAGUUGUUUACAGGCCUUCAUUGAGCGGUGUAUCGUUGAACCAGUAGAGAUAAAAAAUGCUAGGGUAGCCAGGUGCAGGGUUCACAGCAUAAUGCUCGAGUUCAUCAUCCACAAGGCCAGGGUAGCCAGGUGCAGGGUUUACCUUGCUUGGAAUAUCUCAAGCUAGCAGAAGAUGGGCAUGGGUUUCGCGGCAGCAGCUUCGUUGUGAAGAGUGGUGGAUUCCCAAGCCUGAGGCGACUGUCCUUGGAGGCCCCAAGGCUCCCACAAGUGCGAAUCGAACAAGGAUCUAUGAAGUCUCUCGCCAUACUUGACCUACUUUGUCCAGAUCCAGAAAUUCCAGAGCCUCGUUUGGGAAUCCAUUACUCUUUCCUUCAGCUGGAAACCAGGCUUGGCGUGGAAGGCGUAUCGUAUCUUGAGAAUCUCAAGGAGGUGAUCCUCCACCACUCUAUGAGUGAGUCAAAAGUGCAAGCUUGGAAAGAGGAAGCGAUUGGGCACAACAACAUGCCAUCUGUGAAGAAGCAACCACAACCAACCAUCCAUGCGGCACGCCAUGGGAUGCAAGCAAGGAUCGACAAGAGGAAGAACCCGGACGACGGAAAGGGCAAGAAAGAUGACAAGCUGAAGAAGAAGAAGUGAGACGACGACAAGUGACUUCGAUGCCAGGGAAGAUGUGAUGGGCGAAAUUGGUACGAGACUCAUUCCCAGCCCUCGGUGCUGGUGUAUUUUGCGCGCUGUCCAUCUGGCGCUGUUGACAGCCCAAUUUUAUUUCCCUUGCAGUAGAUAUCCUUUUAGAACUUGGUGUGAGUUCGUGCUAGCCUUGUCGGCGGCAAGUCUGUGCUAAAACUCUGUGUGGGGUGAACUUUAUGUCUGUUCCCGUUGCAGUGGUCUUCUGUUAGCUAUUUCUUCAGUUCAGAAUAAGCAGGUCCGUGCCGUGAGCUUGUUCAAGCA